AUGCUGCGACGCAAGGGGAAGCCUGCGUCCCUGGGCCUGCGCAUCGACGCACCUCCGACUCAGAUCACUCAAAUAGCCCUCGUUCAGGACGAUGUCAGCUCCCCACAAACUGACGACAGCGACUACCUUCCCCCUUCAAGGUCCUCCUCCAUGCGCAACCUCAAAAAGUUGGCCAUCAGCAUCCCCUCGGCUGCUUCCUCCGACGCCUCCAUCCCGUCACCCGGCCCUGCCAGUGCAAGGCCCGAGCCCACAGUCGCCCGUCCCCGUCGUCCCUCCGUCGCUUCCCUGCCCGCCGUGAGCCUCACAAACUCGCUUCUGCAUCGUAAGGAAGAGGACGGCGGUUCAGAGACCGUCCCCUACGCCGACGGUCCGGUCCAGAUAAUUCCUGGAAUCUGGAUUGGGUCCGAGGAGAAUGCCCGUGAUUGGCCUGGUCUCGUCGAACGUGGUAUCAAGGCUAUCCUCAACGUCGCAAAAGAGGUCUAUUCGCCCUUCGACACUGCAAGUCGCACUCUCAGAUCAGUAUCCUCCACCCCAAACUUUCGAAGAUCCCACCCUUCCGAGGAUUCCACGUACUAUCCUCCACACUUGCCAAGCGGCAGACCUGCCAUGCAUUAUCUCAAGCUCCAGUGGUCACACGGUCAACAGGACCUCGUGAAUAACGGUUUCCAGUCCGCCAUGGCCUUUGUUGAUGCCGCUCUCGCCCGCUCAGAAGGCGUUCUUGUCCAUUGUCAAUGCGGCAUCUCCCGCUCCGCUACCAUGGUCAUCGCCCUCGUCAUGCGUGCUGCCGCCGAAAGAUCCCCCCUCGUCCCACCUGAAGUAUGGGCACUCCAGGGUAUGCAGGGCGCAUACUCAUUUGUCAAGGAGAAAAGCCCCUGCGUAGGUCCGAACAUGUCCUUGAUUUAUCAGCUUUUGGAUUACGAAAAGUCCCUUCGUGGCGAGACAGGCUCGGGAGAGUCGGACGAUUCCUCCAAGGAGGAUGAAGAGUGGUCCCGUCGCCGACGCGAACUUGACGAAGCAUCGUCACCUGAGGACGGCGAUGAUGAUGAUGAUGAUGAUGAUGAUCUACAGCGGUCCGUUAUCAUGCAAGAAGCUCGAGCCCUUGACAAGGCUAUGGAAGAUCGCAUCAUUGCUCGCAAAUCUUCCUUCUCCUCCAUCAACUCGACCGGUUCCGGCAUUGGCAUGGGUGCAGCUUGGCGUAGUCGCUAUGGAUCACGAAAGCGCACAGGUUCGAUCGCCAGCAGCAGGACCAGCAACAGUAUUCUCAGCGAAGACUUGGUUGAGGAGGAGGAGGAAGAAGAGCUGCUCGGCGUGGGCGGAGGAUUCGAUUCUGGACGUGAACGACAAGACAGUCUGGAAAGCAGUCAAAGUACAGGUGCAGGGGAAUCUUCUUCGUCGGUUUCUCCCGACGACGAAGCUGAUGAAGCAAGUGACCUUAAAUUCUAUGCCCCGCUCACCGCGAAAGCUGUUUCGCAUUCAGUGCCCCCGCCUCCACCUUCGGCUCCUGUGUGGAAGACAUCGUUCCACACCAGCCCUCCCCCUCUUACUGCUGUCCGGUCUACUUUCACUCUUCCUCCUGCACCAGCUGUGAAGCCCAAAAAGCGACGCCCAAUGUCUCUGAAUGUAUUACCCCCUGUUCCGUCGUCCCCCAUCGUUAUCGAACAAGACGAAGCAGCGCCACCCGCCCCAUCACCACCCUCCAAGGUGGCACCCCUCCAACCCCCGCCUGCCGGAUCUCGACGUCGCACCGAGUCCACUAAACCCAUCCCUCCUCCUCUCCAUUUACGAAACAGUGUAUUGAAACGCGCAACCUCUGCUCUGGAAGCUAUCUCCUCCGCCGUUACCACGCCGUCCCAAACGCUUUUCUUAUUCCCACCCUCUCCCACCCUGACAACGCGCACACCUUCCACCAUGACAUUGACGUCCGAGGCCGCCGGGCCUGUACCCUUCCCCACCGUCUCCACACCCCGGAUAUCAACCUUCCGUCAGAAGGGCGGUCGAACGCGUUCGUUCAUUGGCGUUGCUUCCCCACCAACGCCUACUGUGGGUUUCUCAAAGGUCGACGCUCGAGGGUUCUUCGGUCUACACCAAUGA